AGUAUAUAUACAUGAUAUAUGAUACCACCUUUCUACAACCAAAAAUCUAUACCCCUCUCCAUUUUAGUUCCAUAAGCCAUUCCCAUUCAUUUCCUUACAUCGAUCCAAAAAAAAGAAGAAAAAAAAAUUAGUUGCUUGAUAUCACAAUGGUUGCGCCUAGUCCAACUUCCAUGAUGGUAAGAAGCAAGAAAACAAAGGCUAUGGGGAUUCCGACGAUUGACCUUUCUAUGGAAAGGUCAAAGUUGUCGGAAGAAGUGGUGAAAGCAUGUGAGGAAUAUGGUUUCUUCAAGGUGGUGAACCACAGUGUGGCAAAGGAGGUUAUUUCAAGAUUGGAAGAGGAGGGAACAGAGUUUUUCUCGAAAAGCUCCUCGGAGAAGCGUCAAGCUGGCCCUGCCAACCCUUUUGGCUAUGGCUGCAGAAACAUUGGCCCCAAUGGCGACAUGGGUCACCUUGAGUAUCUCCUCCUUCAUACCAAUCCUCUUUCCAUAUCCGAGAAAUCCAAAACCAUUGCAAACGACCCUACCAAGUUCAGUUGCGCCGUGAAUGAUUAUAUAGAAGCAGCUAAAGAACUAACAUGUGAGAUUCUUGAUCUGGUGGCUGAGGGUUUGUGGGUCCAAGACAAGUCCUCACUGAGCAAGCUAAUCAAAGACGUCCAUAGUGACUCACUCCUCAGGAUCAAUCAAUACCCUCCCGUGAGCCUAAAGGGCAACCACAAUUGGGACACGUCCAAACCUGAGCAGAGCCAAAAUACUAAUAAUAAUAAUAAUAACAACAACAUUGGCUUUGGGGAGCAUUCUGACCCUCAGAUCUUAACCAUCAUGCGAUCCAACGACGUCGGUGGCCUUCAGAUUUCCACCCACGAUGGCUUGUGGAUUCCUGUCCCCCCUGACCCCAAUCAAUUCUUCGUUAUGGUUGGUGACGCCCUUCAGGUUAUGACAAAUGGAAGGUUUGGGAGCGUGAGACACAGAGUAUUGACCAACACAGCCAAGGCUAGAAUGUCAAUGAUGUACUUUGCAGCACCACCGCUGAAUUGGUGGAUCACUCCACUGCCAAAGAUGGUGACAGCCCACAAUCCUAGUCUGUAUAAGCCCUUCACAUGGGCCCAAUACAAGCAAGCUGCAUACUCUCUCAGAUUGGGAGACUCUCGCCUUGAUCUCUUCAAGAAACAAGAUACCCAUCUCGAACCUGCUUCUUCUCCUUGACCCUUGGAACACUUCCUCUGUUCAAUGUUCAUAUUCUCCCACCACCUAAUGUUAGUCACUGUAGAGCAGGAGUUCGAGUUUAAUAUAAUAGCCCCUUUUUUUUCUUUUUCUUUUCAUUUGUUUUCUCUUGUUUUAUAGCCUCUAUAGUUGUCGAUAGAGUCUUAAAAGGUCACCGUGAGUGAUUUACAUUGGAGGAAAAAUGUUCCACCUAGUUGCCACUGUUGUAAUAUAGUCUUUCAAGUUCAAUACAAGAGGAUUUUGACAUAA